AUGGCGUCCCACACCUCCCACGCCGGCGCCGCGCUCGGACACCUCCCCCUCCGCCCCGCGCCGAACUCCCUUCCAAAGCAAGGUUUUGGCCGCGCCGGAGCCUCGCUGUCCCUCCGCGCGACCAAGGACUCGGACGGGUUCAGUCCUCUGGUCUCCGAGAAGCCUGAGUGGCCGACGCCGGCGAAGCGGGAGGGAUUGGAGGUCUUCGGCCGGGAGGCGAGCAAUGGGGAGGAGGACGGCCAGGUGCAGGGCGAACCGGCUCCGUGGAGCGUUCUCAACCAGCUCGGUGUUGAGUUGGAUUCUGACAGUUCAUAUGCUGCUCUAGUCUAUGGGUCCUCUGCCCUUGUUGCUAUUUGGGUAUCAUCAAUAGUGGUUUCUGCAAUUGAUUCAGUCCCAGUGGUUCCUCAGGUGAUGGAAGUUGUUGGCCUUGGCUUUACUGUCUGGUUCACCUCGCGAUAUCUGAUAUUUAAGGAGAACAGGGACGAGUUGAUCACCAGAAUUGGCUCCAUCAAAAAGCAGGUGCUUGGGUCUCGUGACGACUGAGCAGAUUUUCAGCGCUCCGUUUGACCAAGCGGGUUUAGUGAAAAAAAUGUUGUACUGAAUCACCGAUGGUGAUUGUGAAAAUAUAAUCUUGUACCGUUGCUGUUUUCCUUUUUCGACAAAAGAUGCUCUGAAUAAGUAGAAUUUCGUCUUGAUAGGCUCUUUCUUUAGGAGCUUUUCCUUUCAUUCAGAUGUGCCGUAGGGUGGUUGCACCUUUCUGUUGCUUCCGCCGAAAUUAAUGAUAGGGGUUGCGCAUGCUGU